CUACAGCAAAAAAAACAUCACCGGGGUCUCCCUUUGCCCCCAUUAUGCACAUCUUACCUUACACACAACCAUAACAAACAACUCUCUCUCUCUUGCACCCCCCAACACAGUCCCUCAGGUCCAGACUAUGUAAGUGUCUUUCUGCAAGUCAUAGGACUAUUUAAAGCCAAGGGACUGUUUUGACACACGCACAUAAAUGAGCACAUGUGCAUUUUAUAUAUUGCCCUAGUUAGUUUGGUAUGUUUUGUAGUACUGCUAUUUUAUAGGAACGCAUAAGUAAACAUAGCAGUGCUGUACUUUGUUUUAUUUUUUAUUCGCCAACCGCAGUUUUUUGUCUCCAUGGAGCCACCGUAGUGAGUAGACCCAGUCAGUGCGGUGAGAUAAAACCACGCCCACAUCCUCAGGCCCUGCAGCCGUUGUUCCCGCCCUUUAUCGCUUCUCUGGUCCUAUUUGAGUGCGAGAGCAAACUCGCGUCCAAUCACAUCGUCAGAAGCGUGCGUCGGAAAUAUGGGCGGGGAAAAAAAAAAAAAAAAAAAACAUCCGCUCUCAGGAACCCAAUGGACAUGGCGGCGCAAAUGGAGUGCGUUAACGCUAAAUAUGUUUCCCAGAAGAUCAGUAAGACGCGAUGGAGGCCAGUUUCAGCAGCUUCACUACAGCAGCCUGAGGUUUUCUCCACGGGCUCGUGGGACAAUGAGAAUAAUAAAGUGUGUGUGUGGGGUGUGGGAGAACCUGCAGGCUUCACCAUGGAGGAUGAACUGGAAGGAGAUCCGCAGCUUCUGUGUGAAUGUGAACACGCCGGGGACGUGCUUGACCUUCAGUUCUUGGAUCAAGACAGACUUGUAACGGCCUCGUCAACCGGAGCAGUGACCGUCUACAAACUCCAUCCUGAUAACCAGACUCUAUCUGUGGCUCAUGUGUGGGAUCGGGCACACCGCUAUCAGAGUGCUAACGCUCCCUGUACUGGAGUGGCGUGUAACAGUCCGGAGCUGAUUUCAGUAGGCGAGGACGGAAGAGUCAUCCUCUACAAAGCAGAUCAGAGGGGCAUCGUGCGAGCCAUCGAAAAUGCAGACAACAGCACGAUCCAUGGCGUGACGUUCCUGCGGACGACCGAGGUCUUGACGGUGAACUCCAUCGGCCAGCUGAAACUCUGGGACUUCAGGAAGCAGGGCAGCGACCCUGCUCAGAUCCUCGCGCUAACCGGGGAUAGGGUUCCUUUGCACUGUGUGGACCGACACCCCAACCAGCAGCAUAUAGUAGCCACCGGAGGCCAAGACGGCAUGCUGUGUAUCUGGGACGUGAGGCAGGGCAACAUGCCCUUCUCCAUCAUGGAGGCUCACUCCGCUGAAAUGUGGGAGGUGCGUUUUCACCCGACAAACCCAGACCACUUGUUCACCUGCUCGGAGGACGGCUCUCUGCUCCACUGGGAGACUUCCUCGGGGUCUGACACACCCUUGUUCCUGCAGGGACGCAACAGCAGCAUGAUGUCCCGCAGUGCCACGGCUCCCGCAGGUGGAAACCAGUCCCUCAUCAGCGCCUGGCUCAACGGGGACUCCAGCAAAGGCAAACUGGAGACCACACACAUGCUCCCCAGCCAGACGCUCUCGGUCAACAGCCUGGAUGUGCUCGGGCAGUGUUUAGUGUGUGGGACCGACGGGGAGGCUGUUUACGUCCACAGACGUGUUCAUGUCUGACCUUUGGGUUACACCUGUUUUUUUUUUGUGUGUGUUUUUGUGUGUGUGUAUAUGUGUGUGUAAAGCACUUCGAUUAAAAAAAUCUUUUGAUUCAA